AUGAAUCCAGGGAACCCUCCACCGUAUUCGGGUCCAGGCCCAUCGGCCCCAUACCCGCCUUAUCCGCAACAACCAAUGGGGCCUGGACCCUAUCCUCAAGGACCCUACGCUCCAGGGCCCUACCCACCUCCUCAGGGGUACCCUUACCAAGGAUAUCCACAGUAUGGCUGGCAGGACGGAACUCAGCAGCCUCCUAAAACCACAGUGUACGUGGUAGAAGACCAAAGACGGGAUGACGUGGGCUCUUCCACCUGCCUCACGGCCUGCUGGACUGCUCUCUGUUGCUGCUGUCUCUGGGACAUGCUCACCUGA